UAUACCAUUGGUAAAUAAAUAAUUUAACUUAUACAAUGUACUACCCAACUCCAACAUCCAGCAUUAUUGAAUUUGAUGAAUACAUGUACGAUGUUAAUGAUGUGAAUCAUCCCACACCAUGGACGAUGCAGCCACUGGUUUACUACGCUCAGGUGCCAAAUCGUCGAUCAAAACGAAGUAAAGAGAGAAGAAAACAAACGCCCAAUUGUUUCGUUAAAGCAUUUCGAUGGUAUACACAGGAGCGUGAAAUAUUCGGGAAAUGUGAAAACAAUGCAGACGAUGCAAGCGAUACAGAUUUCGCAAAGUGGCUGGAUAUCAAAUAUAGAGAGUUUGAAGAUACCCAGGGUCACCUAAACGCAUCUUCACAUGCUGUCGUAGACAGUUCCAAACUAUGCGAGCAAUGUGCGAUGAGACUCGAGAGGUUGAAAAGUAAUCGCAGAUGUCGACGAUGUAUUAACAACAAUUACAAAGGGGAUGUUGGUCUGAGAAAUACUAAGAGUUGUGAGUUUAUAAUGCAUCCUAAGAGAUCCCAGUAUGAAACGGUUUCUGAAUGCACACAAAGAGGGCAAUCGUUGUCAAACAACAACAACGAUCAAGUCAUUCGAAAGCCAAAAAUAAAAUCGCGGAGUGCCACGAACAUGCUGAUGGAAAAAGAAAUCUGUGUUAUUAAGCUGAGUGACAGUUGGUCUCGAGAGAUCGACACAGAUGUUCAACCAUAUACUAAAAAUAAGGUAUGUGACGAGAGAUGUCCGUCGAGAAAAAAAUUAGCAACCAAGGACUUACAGGAUGAUAAACCGAAGCGAGCGGAUGUUUCUUGUGGAUGCACAAAACCUUUUAACACAAAAAAGAUGAAUUCUCCACGUGAGUGUGGGUGUCACCACCAGAACAAGGCGAUCAUUUCCGAGGAUAUGACACAGGCUUCGACUGUGCAGCAAGUGUCGAAGAAAGUUCCCGAAGACAAGGAAUGGAAACUCUGCAAAUAUUUAGACAACAAGCCCUUAACUUCACCUUUAAUAUUUGCGAAGACUUCAAACGGUCCAAUAAACAUCGUCUCGAAGAAAGAUCCCGAAGAGGUGAGAUUAAAGCCUUGCAAAUGUUCUGAACACAAUCCCUCGGCUACUUCUAGCACGUUCUCGCAGACUUCAGACUGUGCUAUAAAUAUCGUGCACACUCCAUUAUUGAUGAAAAUAAUUCACCCGGAAAAUUAAGAAGAAAGUAUAGAAGAAACCAGAUAAUUACAGGCAAACAUUACUAUUUUAUUUUUUGUAUUGUGGUUAUACUUACUCUUAAUUAUACUAAAGCAAACAAUUAUUGUAUAAUUGUAA